UUUUGUUUGUUGAUCAUGGAGCGUUGGUCAAAUCGAGUCGCAGUUGUUACCGGAGCAAGUAGUGGAAUUGGUGAAGCCAUUGCCAAAGACUUGGCCUUGGCUGGAGUUAAAGUUGUUGCUCUGGGUCGACGAUUGGAGCGUCUUGAAAAAAAUCACUCAAAACUUCCCGAUGAAGCUCAGAAGUUAUUCUACCCCCGCAAGUGUGAUGUUACCAGUAUAGACGAUGUUCGAGCCACAUUCGAGUGGAUAGAAGAAACUCUUGGAGGAACUGAUAUUUUAGUGAACAAUGCUGGAAUUCGUAAAAGUGGAGAUCUUAUGGAAAUGGAUCUCGAUGAUAUCGAUGCGGUUAUCAAUACAAAUUUAAGAGGACUUAUUUAUUGCACCCAGGCGGCUUUUCGAAGUAUGAAAGCUCGGAAUUUCGAUGGACACAUAGUGCAUAUAAAUAGUAUAAAUGGACAUGUUGUUCCUAAUCGAGGACCAGGUCAAAGUUCAAAUGUUUAUACACCAACAAAGUUUUCUGUAACUGCAGCAACUGAAGUAAUGAGAAAGGAAAUGAUAAAUUUGCAAACUAAAAUUAAGGUCACUAGUAUAAGUCCUGGAUUAGUUCGAACAGAAAUUGUUGCCGAUGAAAUAUUCGAUAAGAUUGGAUGUUAUUUGAAACCAGAAGAUAUUUCACAAGCUGUAUUAUUUGCUAUCGCCACACCACCGCAUGUACAAAUUCAUGAAAUGAUUGUAAGAUCAGUUGGUGAAUUUUUAUAAAUAAAUAAAGUAA